CUUUUUAUGCCUGACAUGUGUAAAUAUGUAAUAAAAUAAAUGUGCAAUCCAUCUCAACGCAUACGUUCAUAUAUUAUUUAUAGUUGUAUAUUUACAAUUAACUUAACUUUUAUCAUUGCCGUUGUAUUUGAAAUUAUUUUCAAUUGUUUUCAUAUUAAAAUUAUGGGAACUCGGAAUGCAAUUUUAAAGCAGUGCACAAAUUAAAAAAAAUUAAGUAAAAAUGUAUUUAUGAUAUAUAAUAUUGAAAUAAUAUGUAACAUGAAUGUAAAUGAAAUUAACCUUAAUAAUAAUUCUCAAUGUUAUUACACAAAAUGUGUGUUAGAAAGUUUUUCUCUUUCUGUGAUUUACGUUUCUAGUUUAUAUGUAUGGAAUUCUCAACUACCAAGAGAUCAUCCUUCAACAAUAAAAAAAAGAUUCUUGAGUGUUUUAUUUAUGUUAAUAUUUUCACCUCUGUACACAUGGUACUUUAUUCAUGACAAAACUAAGAUUCCAAUAUGGCAGUGGUUAGGUUUCAAAUGGAAAGGUUUUUUUAUGUCUAUCACCUCUUCAAUUUUACUGACGUGCAUUUUAUUCUUAGGGCCUUUAUGCAUGAAUUGCAUUAAAAAUAUACAGUUUAAAGAUGUAAUAAGUUUAGAGAGAAUUAAGUCUAAUUUUACUGACUUAAUAUGGUUAAGAAAUUAUAUAGUUGCACCAAUAUCUGAAGAAUUCACAUUUAGAGCUUGUAUAAUACCACUACUGCUUCAGUGCUUUCCACCUAUAGCUACAAUAUUUAUUUGUCCCAUAUUUUUUGGAGCUGCACAUUUUAAUCAGUGGUUAGAGCGUAUGCGAGCUGGUAUAUCUUGUCACCAAGCAUUUAUUAUGUCUGUUUUUCAGUUUGUCUAUACCACAAUUUUCGGAGCAUAUUCAGCAUUGUUGUUUAUAUCAACUGGAAAUUUGAUUGCACCGAUAUUGGCUCAUAAAUUUUGCAAUCAUAUGGGAUUUCCUGAUUUUCGAGAAAUGUUUCAACUUCCUGAACCUAAGAGAAGUUGUUUAUUCAUUAUUUCAUUAGCAGGAUUUAUUUUAUGGUGUUUUCUAAUUGUAUUUUGCAUGGAACCAUGGAUUUAUUCAAAUUAUAUAGAUUGGACUGAAAUGAAUAAAUGUAAUAAGACAAAUAAUUAAAAAUAUAUUUUUUUAAAUUAAUAAAAAAAAACAUUAUUAUAAAAAAUUUUAUUUACACUCCCUCAAAAUAAAGGUACAUAACAUU